GACGCUCACAACUCCGGCUCAGGGAUUGGAAGCGGGGCGCAAGAGCCCAUCUCCAAAGAGGAGGUUUCGCCGCCCGCCGCCAGCCCUUUAAACAAAGGCUUGGAGGGUUUGCUCAGCGAGCGCCUCUGCCUGCUUCUCUGUUUUUGAGGAUAAUCUGUGCGUUUUUGGAAGGCGCAAAUAGUUUUGUUUUUGUUUGUUUUGGGGGUCCAGCUCCAAAGCGUCACCGAAACAACAUGGAACAGAUCUGUGUAUUGCAUCGCCGGGCGGCAGGAAGCUUCUAACUCGGACCUACAGCCUGACUGGAUCUGGAAGUAGUCAGUGGCGCUGAUCACCCCACCUUGGGAAGGUGGUCUUUGCUGUCCUGCAGAAACCAAAAAGGAGAAUGGCACCCAUCACACCUGUGUGGCAACAAGCAUUCAAUCAAUAUCACUGGAAUAUGCUCCUUAAGGCGAGCAGGGCUUCCUGACUUUCAUUGCAUGGAUUCCACUUAAUUUGGCUUUGCAAAGUGCAGAGCUGAAAUGGGGAAUCACAGCAACAACCACACAUGCAUGACGGAUGAUUCCUUCAAGUACAACCUCUAUGGAGCUGUCUACAGCAUGGUGUUCAUCCUUGGCUUGAUCACUAACUGUGCUUCCUUGUUCGUAUUCUGCUGCCGCAUCAAUAUGCGAUCUGAGACCACCAUUUUCAUGACCAACCUGGUGGUCUCCGACUUACUCUUCGUCUUCACUCUUCCAUUCAAGAUCUUCUACAACUUCAACAGGCACUGGCCCUUUGGAGACCUUUUGUGCAGGAUCUCAGGGACAGCCUUCCUGACCAACAUCUACGGGAGUAUGCUGUUCCUCACAUGCAUCAGUGUUGACCGCUUCCUCGCCAUCGUAUACCCGUUCCGAUCUCGCACCAUUAGGACAAGGAAGAAUACAGUGAUCGUGUGCAUGGGUGUGUGGAUUCUCGUCCUCAGUGGAGGGAUCUCAGCAUCCUUGUUCUCCACCACCAACACUUACAACACUAGUACAACAUGCUUUGAAGGCUUUUCCAAAAGCAUAUGGAAGACCUACUUGUCCAAAAUUACAAUAUUUAUUGAAGUGGUUGGCUUUCUUAUUCCCUUGCUGCUCAACCUCAUUUGUUCAUCACUGGUCCUGAGGACCCUCCGGAAACCUGCCACGCUUUCCCAGAUUGGCACCAACAAAGAGAAAGUGCUGAAGAUGAUUGUUGUACAUUUGGCCAUCUUCCUGGUGUGUUUUGUGCCUUACAACUCCAUCCUUUUCUUGUACGCCCUCGUGCGUUCUCAGGCCAUAGCAAAUUGUUUCUUGGAGAGAUUUGCGAGGACAUUCUAUCCAAUCACGCUGUGCAUCGCCACUCUGAACUGCUGCUUUGACCCUUUUAUCUACUACUUCACAUCAGAGUCUUUCCAGAAAUCUUUCUACAUAACCCCCCACCUCAAAACUGACUCUCUUUUCAAAACUGAAACUCCCUUAACAAAAAUUGCGCUACCGGUGAUGCAGGAUGAGAUGAGCGACCAAGCCAUUACAAAGGGGAGAGAGCUGACAUCAGAAUCAAAUUUCUGAGUCUGAGAUUUUUGCACUGACAGGAGGCUGAGAAUUGGACUUCAGAGGAAACUCUACAUAACUCACUGUCUGGGUGAAGGGAAUGGGGAUGAGAGUUGAGAACCACAGGGAAGCGUUUUAUAUAUGUACGCAGCCAGUUGGGUGCUCAUUCUGCCUUCGGAAACCUUCUCAUCAUAUCUUAACUCAAAUAACACUGUCAUUUUGUAUGAUUUGCUUUUGAAGCUAUGAAAUAAUAAAAUAUUUCACUUUA